CGCCACGGCCGGCGCCCUCGCGGCCGCCGGCGACGCCGUCGCGCAGCGGAACAACGUCGUCUACGACGCGAAGCGCGGCCUCUCCUUCGUCGCGUUCGAUGCCGCUUAUAGGGGAGGCUUCCAGACGCCGUUGCUGCCGUGGAUUAUCGACCAUUGCCACGGCGACGUGCUCGGGCAGGUCCUAUCUUUUGAUACGAAUAUAUUAGCCGCGGCGGAGUGCACGCUCUUCAACCAGCUCACGGUCAUCCCGAUUGUCUACUACCCCCUGUUUUUUGGGAUUACGGGCUACGUCCAGAACCUGGAUGCGGACGCGUCGUUGGCGCGAGCGAAGGCGCAAUUUACCACGCUAUGCAUCAGAAACUGGAAGUUCUGGAUCCCCGCGAACUUCCUCCAGUUCUGCCUCCUCCCAAACGAGUGGCAGGUGCCCUACACGUGCGCCAUGGGUUUCAUCUGGAACGUCAUCUUGUCGGCGAGCGCGGGCGACGCGCGCGUCGAGGGCGCGGCAUCUCCAUCGAAGACGCGGUGACGGCGUGGGGGAGGGGUGUGUGAGUACUGUCCCAAAAAAACGGGUUUUUGCAGGCAUUUUCAGCCUACGAUCGGUUUCCUCUCGCUCGCUUGGCGCCAAAAGAGACCGGCUUCAUAAGCGACCGCUCGCCGCCGGCGGAUCCCACUGCGAGCCGAGCGAGGACUCAGCCAAAACCAGCCUGGGGUGCAAUCUCCCUGAGCAGAGCGCCGCCCGCGACCGCCGGCCAAGCAUGUCGUCGGUAUCGUUCUCCGACGCGAGCGCGCGCGAGGAGCCGCCGCGGCGCCGCGUGCAGCGCACGCUCUCCACCGUCGAACGCGAUGCUCUACAAAGCGUCCUCGACGUCGUCGAGCGCGAAACCGAUUCCGAGCACACGAAGGGCAUGUCGCGGUUCACGUUCUUUCUCGGCCUCGCGAACCUCAUCCUCAGCGCGUUUUUGUUAGGAGCGUGCACGGAGUCGUUCUGGCUCGUCUACGCCCUCCAGGCGCUCUUCAUUAUUGGAUUGCGCAUCCGCCACUCGCAGUGCGGAAAUCAACCAGUGCGUCAGGCCGGCCUGGAGGUAUUAUUUACUAUUGUGGCCGCCUCGACGCCGUGCGAGAGUGCUUGGCGUCCUCGCACGAGGCGUCUUAGGCUUACUCACCCGAACUUUUGAUUUCCGCACAGGCCACUCGUGGGCGAUCAGCAAGGGCACGCCGACGCAACCGGGCAUGAUGUUGUACUACCUCGAUCUGUGCUGGAUCGCGAACUUCAUGCUCGCUUUUAGUUUCAUGGCCGUGCUGGUGGAGGUCCUCGAGGAGCGUUUUCUUGGAUCACGACGCGUCGGCGCUCUCAACGCCCGCGCCGUCUCUCAGGCGCCGACGGCGGGCCUGAUCGCUAGCCUCAUCGCGACGGGUCCCCUCGGAUGGAGCGUCUUCGUUUUACCGUGUAAAAUGGUCCUGCACGACAUCGCCAACUACGCGAACACCUGGAUCCACCUCUGGCCCGUCUUCACGACGCUGUCGCUGCGCUGGGCGCCCGACCGGCUCGCGGCGGCCUACCCGGGGCGUCGAAGUCCGGUGUGGAAAUCAAAAUUUUACGGCGCGUUCGUCGCGUCGUCCUCCACGCCAUUGACGCACUGGUUGAUUUCCACACAGACUUCGACUCGCUCGUCGCCGCAGAGCUCCGCGGCGAGGGCAUGGGCUUCGGCGCGCUGAUGGCCCUCGCGUCGGCGACGUACUUUGCCUGGUGGAUCCCGUUCACGCUCUGGAUGCUCGCGCACGGCCGCUUCCAGUCGCCGGAGCGCACGGGCCGCGACACGAUCUAUCUGCGGUUGAUGCUGACCGACAGCGUCGCGGGCGCGAAUUGCGGCGUGCGCACGCCGCCGCGCGGCACGAAGCUCGGUGCGACGCCCACUGAAGCGUUGGACGACGCGGCGUCCGUCGCGGCGACGAUGAAGUACAUGGUCUUCCACGCGUUCGCCUGCCACCUGAGCUUCGUGUCGUCGGCGCUCUGCAUGACGUACAUCUACGUGCACCUGUUCUUCGCGCUCGCGGGCCUCGUCUUCUCGCUCUACCUGGGCAGCGCCUGGUACGACCGCAUGCUCACGUCGCACGUCACCAAGAAGGUCCGCAAGCACAUCGCGGCGUCGACGGCGAAGAAGGACUAGGAGUCCGCUAGGCGCUCCGGAGUAAGACGCGGGUUGGUAU